AUGCAUUUCUUCAAGAUCGCCUUUGUCCUUGCCCCGUUGAUCGGGUUGUCCGCUGCAAGGCCGCCUCAUCGUCCUUCACCCAGCGGCAGAAUCACACCUCUGCCAUCUUUCAGCCCCUUUCCAUCUGUGAGCCCGCCACCAAUACCGUCAGUAACCCUUCCGGUCCCUGCGGAAUCUGGUUUCCCCGGCCUCAUCCGUCCGGCAAACCCCAUCCCUCGGGACGUCCUCAUCCCUCUGGACGCCCUCAACCGAGCAGCUCAGGCUUUCCUCGGCCUCCAGUUCCAUCUGGACCCCAUCCUUCUGGUCGCCCUCAACCAAGCAGCUCUGGUUUACCUCCACCACCUGUCGGGUCCGUCUUUCCUAGUGGACCUUUUGAGAAGCGUGAUGCGAAGUUUCACCAUCACAGACCUCACCCAUCUGGCAGACCUAGGCCAUCUGGGGUGCCUUUUCCAUCGGUAG